CUGCUUGCAGCGCUGGAAAUGAUUCGAGACAGCUUUUAUUCUUAUUAUUAAUUUUAUCUCUUUAUAAUUAUUAGACACCUCUUUCUUCAGUGCCUAACCAAUCAACUCUACUAAUCACAGCCGCCGUAUCCUCCUCCCUAGUCCCAAAAUGGCUUAUCUCCGGCGAGCGGCCACCGCAUUGAUCCUCAUUAUGCAACUCUUCACUCUCUCAAACGCCCACAACAUAACCAAAAUCUUGGCCAAAGACCCUGAAUUCUCCACUUUCAACCACUACCUCUCAGCCACUCAUCUGGCCGACGAGAUCAACCGCCGUCAAACCAUCACCGUCUUGGCGGUUGACAACUCAGCAAUGAACUCUAUCCUCUCCAAAGGCUACUCACUCUACACAAUCCGCAACAUUCUCUCCCUCCACGUCCUUGUCGAUUACUUCGGCGCCAAGAAGCUUCACCAGAUCACUGACGGCUCCACUUCCACCGCCUCCAUGUUCCAGUCCACCGGAUCCGCCACGGGAACUUCCGGUUACGUCAACAUCACCGACAUAAAAGGCGGGAAAGUUGCUUUCGGUGUCCAGGAAGACGACAGCAGACUCACGGCUCACUACGUCAAGUCCAUCUUCGAGAAGGCUUACAACAUCUCCGUUCUUCACAUCAGCCAAGUCUUGACCUCGCCGGAAGCAGAGGCUCCGACCGCCAGCCCUAGCGAUCUCAUCCUCACCACGAUUCUCGAAAAGCAAGGAUGCAAAGCUUUCUCCGACAUGUUGAAAUCCACCGGAGCCGACAAGACGUUUCAGGACACCGUCGACGGAGGCUUGACGGUGUUCUGUCCUUCCGACAGCGCUGUCGGAAAGUUCGCGCCCAAGUUCAAAGCCCUCUCCGCGGCGAACAAGACGGCGUUGGUGUUGUACCAUGGCAUGCCGGUUUACCAAUCGCUGCAGAUGCUUAGAUCAGGUAACGGCGCCGUUAACACGUUGGCGACUGAAGGCAACAACAAGUUUGACUUCACCGUUCAGAACGACGGAGAGGACGUGACGCUUGAGACGGACGUUGUGACGGCGAAGAUCAUGGGGACGUUGAAGGAUCAAGAGCCGUUGAUCAUCUACAAGGUGGACAAAGUUUUGCUGCCGAGAGAGAUCUACAAGGCUGUUAAGGCGGCCGCUCCGGCUCCUAAGUCAAGUAAGCACAAGCCUAAGAACGCGGAGGCUGAUGGACCAAGCGCUGAUGCUCCGGGAGAUGAUGACGGUGAGGUUGCUGAUGAUAAAAACGGUGCCAUUUAUGUGAUGAUGGUUUCAAGAAGCAGUGUUUUUGUGUCGGCGAUUGUCUGGCUCUGUUUUGGUGUUUGGCUCAUGUGAUGUUUGUUAAUCUUGUUUCCCUUGUAUUAUCUUUUAUAUUUUUCUUGUCUGAUCUUUUAAGUUUUUUUCUUUUUUUUUUUUUGAGUUGGGCUCUGUUUGUGAAUUGUGAGUUUGGAGUUCAUAUCACUUUCUUCUUCCAUGUUUAAAUAUACAUUCAACAUUUUUAUCAA